AUGGUGUCGGCCGUCAAUUCUCAAGUUGGCACACAACCCAGAGCCUACGCUGCCCUCGACAGCGACGAAAGCUCAAGUCUCCUCAGCGAUCACGAUGUCGAUAGAAACGAUGAUGGCAAUGAAGACGCCAUUCGGGCUUCUGACAUUCAGUCUGGUGUGCAGGACGUCGAGGCCAUGACGGUGGCAUGGACCACUAGCGCCCUGGUCUUUGCCUACGUGAUGAUAUGGCUCACUUACUUCGUCGAGGGCAUGUUGACUGGCACCACGGCUAUCCUAACGCCCUAUGUCACGUCUGAUUUUGCCAGGCACUCCCUCACACCAACCGUUGGUAUCCUGAGCAAUGUUAUCGGCGGCGUCACCAAUCUCACUCUUGCCAAGGUCCUCGACGUCUUUGGCCGGCCGCAGGGAUACCUCUUCUGCAUAGUUGUCGCCGUGGCUGGGCUUAUUAUGAUGACCCUAUGCCGCAGUAUCCAGGCGUACGCCAUCGCUCAGGUCUUCCAAGUAGUUGGAAACAACGGCAUUCUCUAUAGUCUGACCGUCUUCGUCGCCGAUACCUCUUCACUGCGCAAUCGGGGUCUCAUGCAGGCCAUCGUGAGCUCUCCGAAUUUGAUUACCUGUUGGCUGGCUGGGCCGAUAUCCUCUGCGUUCCUGAACGGAUCCAGCUGGCGUUGGGCGUUUGCAAUGUUCACAAUUCUCGUGCCGUCUAUUACGCUCCCGCUUUUCGGCCUUUUAUGGACCAACUUUCGAAAAGCCAAGGACCUGGGCCUUGUGGCAAAAGGCGACAGCGAGAGUGACCGCACCGCCUGGGAAUCCCUCAUUUACUACUCUCGGCAGUUCGACGCCGUGGGCCUCGUUUUGCUAUCGGCGGGUGUCGCGGUGCUUCUUAUGCCGUUCAACGUAUAUGCGCUUCAUGGUUGGAACUCCCCGCUUGUCGUCGCAAUGCUGUUUAUUGGCCUUCUCCUCAUCAUUGCAUUCGCCAUCUGGGAGAGGUAUUAUGCCUCCAUCACUUUUAUACCGUUUCCCCUGCUCCUUGACCGCACUGUUUUAGGUGCUUGUAUUCUGUCGGCUACGCUAUUCGUUAGUUUCUGGUGCUGGAAUAGCUUCUUCAGCUCGUACCUGCAAGUUGUUAAUGACCUCAACGUCGAAAACGCUAGCUACGUCGUACAGUCCUACACAGUCUGCUCGGUUCUGUGCGGCAUCAUGGUCGGCGCCUUGAUUCACUGCACUGGACGGUUUAAACCAGUCUGUCUUUAUAUUGGAAUCCCGCUCAGCAUCCUCGGUUCGGGCUUGAUGAUGUACUUUUGCAAAAUUGAAAGCAGUGUUGGCUACAUCAUCAUGUGCCAGAUACUGAUUUCUAUUGCUGCCGGCACUAUUAUGGUCUGUGACGAAGUCGCCAUUCUGGCCGCCGCUUCGCACCAACAUGUCGCUGUUUGUCUCGCAGUGUUGGGGAUGUUUGGUAACAUUGGCGGUGCCGUCGGCCUGACCAUUGCCUCUGCAAUCUGGCAAAGUGUCUUUCCUAAUAAGCUGAGGGAAUACCUUCCUCUUGAAGAGCUCCCUAACCUGGAAAAAAUAUAUGCCAAUAUCUCGACCCAACUGUCUUAUCCAGUUGCCUCCCCGGCACGCCUGGCAAUUCAGCAUGCGUAUGGAGACGCUCAGAUGAGGAUGCUGGCUGUAGGCACGUCGGUUUGGGUUGUUGGCCUCGUAUCGGUCAUGAUUUGGCGAGACAUUAAUGUGAUUGGAAUAAAGCAAAGCAAGGGCCAUGUUUGGUAG